AAAAAGUAGAGAGAGAAAAAAAAGGAGAGAGAGGAAGGAAAAGAGAGAAAGAGUACAAAGGCUAGCAGUCAAUCCAAUUGGAAGCUAAUGAAGCAAACCCAACCCAUCUCUCUCUAAGCGAAAGGAGACAGAAACCCUAGCCUCACGCCUCAACCACUUCUUGAAGAGGGGUGCAACUUCAGUUCCAUUGAUUUCACCAACAAAAAAAAAAAAAAAUUCAAAUUUCAGGCAUGAAUCGUUUGCAAAGCUUUCCAGUUCAACAGAUUAUGACCGGAAACCCUAACCGGUGGAACAUCAACGCAGGUGGAGAAGAUGAGAGGAAAACCAUUUUCCAGGGAAUAAAUGGUUCUUCCAUGGCUGCACCUUACCCACCUCUAACAAGCUUGUUAGAAAGCCAGGAGUUUCCUGAAUCGUGGAGCCAAUUAUUAUCGUCUGAUUUGGCCAGAGAAGAAGAUCGGUGCAAUUACAAUCAAUUUUUUGGGAAGAAAAUGGAUAAUUUUGAAAGCCAGAUGCUUCUUUCAUCAUCUAAUUCUUCUCUAUUAAAUAUAAAGCAAGAAAACAUUGAAAAUUGUUAUGGUUUUCCUCGUCGAAAUGAAGAUUUUCAAGCCACUAAGCCUUCAUGGCCACAGAAUUUUCCAGUAAAUUCUUCAAGAUCCAUUGUCGCAAGCUUUGGGAAUAAUAUUCUCGAUUUCUCGAGUAGUAAGCGAGAUGGAGGACAAAAGCCUAAUGAAAACAUAUCUGAGUGUAACAGCACAGCAGUUGCAGGCUCAUCAAUGAAGAAACCAAGGGUCCAAACCCCAUCAACCCAGUUCAAGGUAAGAAAGGAGAAAUUAGGUGACAGAAUAACUGCUCUUCACCAGCUAGUUUCCCCAUUUGGAAAGACUGACACGGCCUCGGUGCUUUUAGAAGCUAUUGGGUACAUUAGAUUCCUGCAGGAGCAGAUUGAGGCCCUCAGCUCACCGUACUUGGUUCGAGGAAGCCAGGUUCGAGGUGGUUGCAGAUUCCCAGAAGACCCUGGGCAGCUUUUGAAUGAAUCAAGCAAGAAAAGACGUGGUGCCAAUGAUCAGGACGCUGAAGAUGAACCAAAGGACUUGAGGAGUAGAGGGUUGUGCCUUGUGCCCCUAUCCUGCACUCUACCGGUUAGCAGUGACAAUGGUGCCGAUUAUUGGGCACCGACGCUUGGCAGCGGAUUCUGAUAAGCCGAAUAUGAAAGUGGAACUGGUGCUUCAUGAGAUGCUAUAACAUCAUGAGCAGUCACUCUGCUCAAAUCCAAGGCUGAUUGCUCAUGAUGCUAUGCUCUUAAGAAAGGAAUAAGUGUGGCUUAUAAGAAUGUCAUUCUAUGAUACCCACUUGGGAGAACUACAGGGAACUUCCCUCUUGGGCCUUUCAUAGAUUGUUUUCAUGUAUAGAAUGAUUAUAGCAUGUUUCUUAACAUCUCAAUGUAGUUUACAUUCAGUUCUCAACUUAACUUUUAUUAAGAGUUCAAAGUAAUUUAUAUUUCUCUAC